AGCGAGCAAGUGAGCGAGCCGGAGGGAGAGAGCCAGAGCUAGGCGCAAGAGAAGGGCCAGCGCAUUACAUCAUCGCUUGGCCUGGAAUCAAGUGGGAAGGAUAUGACUCACUCAGGCUAGUUAAGCUUUGGCUCAAAUUCUACACACACUCAUUCCAGAGCUCUCAUGUUCUGCACCUCAGGAGGGAAUUCAGCCUCAGUGAUGUCCAUGAGGCCUGUCCCAGGCUCUCUAUCUUCUCUGCUACAUCUCCACAACAGACAGAGACAGCCCAUGCCAGCCUCCAUGCCUGGGACCCUGCCCAACCCGACGAUGCCGGGAUCUUCUGCCGUCUUGAUGCCAAUGGAGAGACAGAUGUCAGUGAACUCCAGCCUCCUGGGAAUGCAAGGUCCAAAUCUCAGCAACCCCUGUGCUUCUCCCCAGGUCCAGCCAAUGCAUUCAGAAGCCAAAAUGAGGUUGAAGGCUGCGUUGACUCACCACCCAGCUGCCAUGUCAAAUGGGAAUAUGAACACCAUGGGACACAUGAUGGAGAUGAUGGGCUCCCGGCAGGACCAGACGCCACACCACCACAUGCACUCACACCCGCAUCAGCACCAGACACUGCCAGCCCAUCACCCGUACCCACACCAGCACCAGCACCCAGCACACCAUCCUCACCCUCAACCCCAUCACCAGCAGAACCACCCACAUCAUCAUUCCCACUCCCACCUUCACGCACACCCUGCACAUCACCAGACCUCGCCACACCCACCCCUGCACUCCGGCAACCAAGCACAGGUCUCACCAGCGACACAACAGAUGCAGCCAACCCAGACAAUACAGCCACCCCAGCCCACAGGGGGGCGCCGGCGAAGGGUGGUGGACGAGGAUCCCGAUGAGAGGCGGAGGAAAUUUCUGGAACGGAACCGGGCAGCUGCCACCCGCUGCAGACAGAAGAGGAAGGUCUGGGUGAUGUCACUGGAAAAGAAAGCAGAAGAACUCACCCAGACAAACAUGCAGCUUCAGAAUGAAGUGUCCAUGUUGAAAAAUGAGGUGGCACAGCUGAAACAGUUGUUGUUAACGCAUAAAGACUGUCCAAUAACAGCCAUGCAGAAAGAAUCACAAGGAUAUCUAAGUCCGGAGAGCAGCCCUCCUGCCAGCCCCGUCCCAGCUUGCUCUCAGCAGCAGGUCAUCCAACAUAAUACCAUCACCACUUCCUCCGCAGUGAGCGAGGUGGUGGGAAGCUCCACCCUCAGUCAGCUUACCACUCACAGAACAGACCUGAAUCCCAUCCUUUAAAAUCCGCCGGUGGGUCAGACCUUGCCUCCAAGAAGAGCUGCCGCAUAUCAUGCGUCCUUUCUUUUAAGGGCAUUUUUAGAAUUAACUCAGACCUGGAAGACUCCUCAGCCCUUCAGAGACUGGCUUUCAUUUUUAUAGUUAUUAUGGAAAUGUCGUCUUUUAUACUUAGUUAUAUAAGAAAAAAAGGGAGUUAUGCAAUUAAUUAAUCUAUCAGCUUGGGAAAUGCUUUGGUGCUUUUCUCCAAUUUUCUGGUACCAGUUAACUUGUUUAUAAACUGAACUCUUUCUGUAUAUAGACACAGUUUCAUUUUUACCAGUCCAGCCCUUUGCCUGAAACAUUGACUCUUGUUAAACCGCAGCUUUUAGCCAAAAUGAGGCAUACCUAGAUGUCACGUAACCAGGUGAGAGGUAACUGGGUGGUGAGUCUCGCGACACUGUAACACACGCUGAGUUUGAGCUGUGAUGUCGCCAGAGUUCCAGACAAACACAGAGCCUUUUCCAUAUUUUUUUCUCUUCCUAAAAAAAUUAUAAGGUCUGCUGACGUCCAAAUAAAACCACCGAGCAUCUCGCCCCUUCUCCUCUUCCUCUCCGUCCACUUCCUCGAAUUGUCCUCUAAUUUCCUCCAGUCUUCCUUUCCAUUGCCACUUUUUCCUAGGCUCCCUGUAUACUCUUCAUUUUUACUUUCUUCCGUUUUAUUUUUUUUCCCCUUUAGCAUUGCAGGUAAAGAAGAAAAUAAUGCUUAAAGGAA